AGCUUUCAUCAAUUCCUCGAUUUAUCUUAAUCUGCUGUUUGUUGUUUCGAUUUCGUGGCUGAAUUACAGAGGUGAAUGAGAAAUUCGCCUGCGAUUCUGUCUCUGUCGGUGAUCGAUUGCCGGAGCAGAACCAGGUCGGAUUCUAGCUUCGCCAUUUGGAGCAGUGGUCGUUGGGGCCAAUGCGGCUGAUCUAAUUUCUUCCCAAUUUCCUUCUCAAUUCAGAUCGAAUUCUAGGGUUUUAAUUCCGGGUUUUUGUCUGUGUUUCCAAUUGAGUCACGAUGCAGCAAGAUAAUCGUAAGAAGAAUAAUCUGGAGAUGGAGUUCUUCUCUGACUAUGGUGAUGCGAAUAGAUUUAAAAUUCAAGAAGUAAUUGGAAAAGGCAGUUAUGGUGUUGUUUGCUCAGCAAUAGAUACUCUUACGGGUGAGAAAGUGGCGAUAAAGAAAAUACAUGAUAUUUUUGAGCAUAUAUCUGAUGCUGCGAGGAUUCUACGUGAGAUAAAACUGCUUAGACUCUUAAGGCAUCCAGAUAUAGUUGAAAUUAAGCACAUUAUGCUUCCUCCUUCACGAAGAGAAUUCAAAGAUAUUUAUGUUGUCUUUGAGCUCAUGGAAUCGGAUCUUCAUCAAGUUAUUAAAGCCAAUGAUGAUUUGACUAGAGAGCAUUACCAGUUUUUCCUCUAUCAGUUAUUGCGUGCACUGAAGUAUAUUCACACAGCUAAUGUCUACCACCGAGACCUGAAACCAAAGAACAUAUUGGCAAAUGCAAACUGUAAACUUAAGAUUUGUGAUUUUGGAUUGGCAAGAGUUGCAUUCAAUGAUACGCCCACAACCAUCUUCUGGACAGACUAUGUUGCUACCAGAUGGUAUAGAGCUCCAGAGCUUUGUGGAUCGUUUUACUCAAAGUAUACACCCGCAAUUGACAUCUGGAGUAUAGGCUGCAUUUUUGCGGAGGUAUUGAUGGGAAAACCACUUUUCCCUGGAAAGAAUGUGGUUCAUCAGCUGGAUCUUAUGACUGAUCUGCUAGGGACACCUUCCCUGGACACCAUCUCCCGGGUGAGGAAUGAGAAGGCAAGGAGGUACUUAACAAGCAUGAGGAAAAAGCCACCCAUUCCGUUUGCUCAGAAAUUCCCAAAUGCAGAUCCUUUGUCUCUGAAGUUGUUGGAGAGGCUUCUUGCUUUUGAUCCAAAAGACCGGCCAACUGCUGAAGAGGCUCUUGCUGAUCCAUAUUUCAAGGGAUUGGCAAAAGUGGAAAGGGAGCCUUCAUGUCAACCCAUCACGAAGAUGGAAUUUGAGUUCGAGAGAAGAAAGGUCACUAAAGAGGAUAUAAGAGAGCUAAUUUCUAGGGAGAUACUUGAGUACCAUCCUCAGCUGCUUAAAGAUUACAUGAACGGGGCUGAUAAAGCCAGUUUUCUCUACCCAAGUGCUGUUGAUCAAUUUAGAAGACAAUUUGCGCAUCUUGAAGAAAACAGUGGUAAAACCGGCCCUGUGGCGCCUCUAGAAAGGAAACACGCCUCUCUUCCCAGAUCAACAGUCAUACACUCAACCGCAGUAGCGCGAGGAGGACAACCAAAGCUUAUGAAUAACACAAACACAUUGAACCCUGAAACUACUCAAAACAUUCCUUUUAAUCAUGCAACAUUACAAGCACAACAAAGAAACCUCUCAGCCGCCAAACCAAGCACAUUCAUGGGCCCGGUCGCACCUUUCGACAAUGGCAGAAUCAGCAGAGAUGCAUACGAUCCGAGGUCAUUCAUCAGGAGCACUAAUCUACCCUUUGCACAACAGUCAGCUGCAUCAGUCGCCAUGGGAAAGCAGCAAGAGAGAAGAACAACUAUGGAGUCUGAGAAGCAGACAAGACAAAUAUCUCAGUAUAAUAGAUACGCACCAGAUGUAGCCAUCAACAUAGACAACAACCCGUUUAUCAUGGCUAGAACGGGAAUGAACAAAGCCGAAAACAUCAGUGACCGGAUCAUAAUCGAUACAAAUCUCUUACAAGCAACCGCCGGAAUAGGAGUUGCAGCGGCAGCUGCAGCAGCUGCUCCUGGUGGUUCUGCUCACCGGAAAGUUGGAGCUGUUCGGUACGGUAUGUCAAAGAUGUACUAGUCUCAACCUAAGCGGGGCUUUGAUCACACAGAACAUCGUAUGUUUCAACUUCAUGUCAAAAAAAGAAAAUUGUCUAUGAUAC